GCCGCGGGACCCGGCCUGACCCUGCCGGGCCAGCAGCUCUCCGCCUCUGUAUCCCGCUGCCGCUUCCGCUCCUCACCUCGGCUGCACCCAGCCCCAAGGAGCUCGGAGGUGCGGAGGAAGGUGCGAUGGGCAUUUCCUGACCUCCUUUCGCCUGCAUCCAUCUCUUCCUUCCCUCGGCCCCUUGGCUGCCGACUUGCCCCGGGCCCUCGGUGUCUGUGGCAAUCUGUGCUCCGGGAGAUGCUCUGCAGGACACCGACCCUGGCAGCGCUGGGCCUGACAGAUAAAGCGCUCUUUGGGGGUAUCCCAGAGUGGGGUCCCAGCACAGGAAGGGUGCGGAGCUGCUGGAGCGGGGCCAGAGGAGGGCAUGGAGAUGCUCCCAGGGCUGCACACCUCUGCUAUGGAGACGGGCUGAGGAGCUGGGGGUGUUCAGCCUGGAGAAGAGAAGGCUGUGGGGAGACCUCAUUGCGGCCUUCCAGGACUUGAGGGGAGCUUACAAACAGGAGGGAGAGCGACUCUGUGUAUGGUCUGGUAGUAAUAGGACAUGGCUUUAGGCUAAGAGAGGGGAAAUUUAGGUUAGACAUUAAGAAGAAAUUUUUUACUCAGAGGGCGGUGAGGCACCAGAACAGGUUGCCCAAAGAGCUGUGGGUGUCCCACGGAGCCCUGGGCAGCCCGAUCUGAAGAGUGGCAAUCCUGUUCAGGGCAGAUGGGGUUGGAACUGGAUGACUUGUAACGUCGCUUCUAACCUAAGCCGUUUUACAAUUCUGUGAUUCUCAGGCUGAGCUAAGUGACUGCCAUAGCCUUGAUCCCAGUUCUUAGCCCAGCAUGGUGUUUACCUGGCUCUGUGCCGGACACUGCACAUGGAGUGCACAUGGAGCUGGUUUCUCUUUAGGUAGGCACGAUGGGGCUCAUGCUUUGGAUGCUUAGCCAUCAGAAUAGCAAUGACCUCAGCUGCUGGAGCAGGACCCGUGGAGAUAAACACUGUGGUGAUAAAGAGGAACUGGCCUAACAUGGAAGGGAGCAGAGAGGUGGCAAGUGGAUGCAGAGAUAAAAGUUCUGAGGGCCUGGCUGGUGUGUAAAGAGGAGGCUUGGAGCUGCUGUUAUCCGUCGCCGGCAUUGCUGGCCCUGUCCCAGCACUGCUUCCUACCAAUGGACUGCCUUCCCCAGUGGGAUUUGGAUGUGAUUAUUCCUAAUUGAAAUCACACCAGGUUUUCAGGACCCCAGCAGCCUUUUCCUGCAUGAUUUUGCCCACAAGGUGUUUCUGGUAGUUUGGACCUGCAAGGAUGUGUGGGGGAGAAGGGACGCAUGGUAUCAGGGCACUGUUCAUCUUCUGAGUGGUUUGAUCCCGUUGGGCUCUGCUCAGCACCUAGGCAGGAUGCUGAGCUCCUCUGCUCUUCCCACCCUCUGUGUCCCCUGGUGGCUUUCCUCCUAGCCUGUAGGUUGUUCAAUGGGAUUGUAGAAGUGCCUGCUGGGGCAGCAAGGCAGAGAGUGCAGCUGAGCCCAGACGUUGCCACUUCAUGGCACAUACAUAAAUCUUGCAGCUGGCACAGAGACAGGAGCAAUUCAUCACUGUGCUGCUGUCUUAGCUGCUCAGCCCCUUGAGCAGCCUCUCCAGCUGUUCCCUCAAUGGAGCAGCCCCCAGCCUCACUUCUCCACCUCAAGGAGGCAGAGCCAUCCCCACUGCUGCCUCUUUCGGUCCUGGUGCUGUCUUGGGUUCCUAAAACGUCCCUGGGAAAGGUGCUGGUAUCUACAAGGGCAGGAUGGAUGCUCAUGGCUGCAAGCAGGCACUCUGGCUUUUACAGGUGAUACAAAACUGUACACUCACACAGGCCAGCACCGUCAUACUCGGAGGCCAUAAAUGCAGCUUGAAAUUUGCUCUGCUGCUGUCAGCUCACCUUCUUUCCUGAGGAAAUCAGAGUAUCUCCACUGACUUCUACCACCUAGUCCUAUAUCCCAUGUUACCAUACCGAUGGUCACUGCUGGGCAGGAUGCAGGAGCAAGGAGAAAGGUCUGGGUUGAUUUUAGAGGAAAAAGUUAAGGUGGGAUCUGGGACGAAGGAAAGCACAUCUGAGCUGUGUGGGAUGGUACAAGCAACCUAACAGGGCUCUGGCCCUUCCCUCCUUCUCCCCAUCCUCUUCUACUUCAUGAGAUCGAGGCUUUUGUUCCCUACCGUUGAUAAUAUCUGCAUGUUAGAUCUGAUUGCUCUUGGAGAUUCUUGUCUGUAUCAUUUAGAUUUGUUUCAGACAAAAGUUACAUGUUUGACAUGAUCAGGACUCUUCUUCUGGCUGUUAAAAUCCAUCUGGGCAUGGACCUGGGCAGUGCUCUAGGAGUCCUGCUCAUGCAAGGGGUUGGACAUAAUGUUCCCUAGAGGUCUCUUCCAACCUCAGCUGUUCUGUGCCGCAUGCCAGGGACUGAAAGAUAAGCACUCAAGCUUUUCUUGACACGAAUUUUCAGCUGUGACACUCUCGAGAGGCUUUAUGAGCCCACAGCAGGGCAUAAGAUAUUCUUCUGGUUCUUUUCCCCGUCUGCCAGCACUACUUAGGGCAAAUGUACAGGUUAUAACAGGUGGAUUUUGUGGUUUUUUUUUCUGUUCUGAGAUCUCCUUGCCUGGCUCUAACCUCCAGAGAUAAAGGGAAAUGAUACCCGAAACACAUGGAGCAGAGAUCCCAUAAAGCUGUCACUUCUGACCUGCAGGGAACACAAAGCACACUGAGCUGUUUCCUGGUGGGUCCAACAUCCAGCUGGAGAUGGGAUGCAGUGAAAGUACCCCAGGGGAGAGCGAGCUGCGCCCCAGCACUGUAUAAAUGCUGCCACAUGUCUGUCUGCUUGGUUCCAGCUGCCAGCCCGAGCUCUAGCUCUGCCUUUGUUUGCAUCGCAAGCAGGAGCCUCCUCCUGCAGCAGGGAUGUACAGCCUGCACACAGCCACCUCUUCACCCCUCUCUGUGGUGCUGAGAAGGCAGAAAACAGGCAGCUACCUGCUGCCGUGCAGCCUGUCCUGCACUCACCUCCCUGCCACUCGCAUUCUCCUCCGAGUUCACCUUCAUUUUCUGCCUUUUGGAAACAUGGGGCUGGACUGGUGGCAAAAUCACCUGCAUGGGGGGAUGGUCCCUGUUUUGCCCUUGUGCACCAUGCCCAUCUCUGAUGGCUGAUGAUGUCCCCUUUAAGAGAUACAAGGAGGAUGCCAGAGGUAGUGCACAGCCCCUACACAAUAUAAAGCCAGAGAGCAUCAGUGUGUGGAUGGUCUCAGCACUAUGAGUGCAGCCACUGCAGCAAUCAACCCCCUAUUAAUAACUUUCUGGGGUGCUUGGGUCCCUUGGCAGCUCCCGAGCACCAUCCUCUGCCCGGCAUAUCGUGCUGACUGAGCUGCAAAUGCUCUACCUCCUUAGUUUGCCCUGCCUCGGAUCGAUGAGUGCAGGCAGCUUCGAUCAAUUCCACUUUACCACUUGCUAUCAGGUUCAGAUCCACACUCUCCCAGCUGGUCCCAGCUUCCUUUGUUCAUUCAGGAGAGGAAUUUGGGCAGCCCAUUCCACUUGGAGACUGCUGUGCCUUUGCAGAACUAGUUCUGCAGAUGCAGCUGUUCCUCCCUGCCCUCCCUGCCACCCUGAGAACCCAGCGCUGAAGGGCCCAAAUUUGUGCCAGGCAGGACUCAGAGCACGUUAGUGUCAGUCUGGCUGGCAGUGUGAGGGCGGAUGGCUCGGUGAAGCUGUGAGAGCUGCAUGAUGGUUGUUGCCACUGAGCUGGCAUCUGCCAAGAGGUUUUCCUGUCACAAGCCUGGUUUUCCUGGGGAAAUACCAAAAGCAGCUGCAGCAUGCUCCCAUGGUUUGGCUUUCCAACCCCACUGGCAGCGAAUGCGGCUGCAGCUCUCAGGGGCUUGAGCCCCUGCAUGAUGAUUUUACAGGAAAACAACAACAUCAACGAGUUUACAUAGAGGAUGUUCAGAAAUUUCCCUCAGACCCACACCUGUUGAUGAGAGAAAUGUUUUGCACGAUGUCCAUCGUUCCUGAUGCAAUCUUUCUCUUGCCUUUCUCACCUAGCUCUCUUGCUGGCCAGUUUCCGGGAUGCAGCACCCAGAUCUGCAGAAAUGAAAUUUCCCCACGGCUCUCCACACCUCAUCCAGUGUUAAUGAAAUAACGGGGCACACCAGAGCACAGCUGUGAAGCUCACAGCCGUGGAUGGGCUGUCUGUGCUGCAAGCGGAGGCAGUGAAGGUUGGGGAGCUGCAAAAAAUGUCUGCACAGAUUUGCUCCACUUACUAAAUGUGCAUGCUUUGGGCAUAUCCUGCAUGCCUGGACAGACAGCAUCUGAGUGGCCUGAAUGCACUUAGAAAACCCAAGUCUGCAUCGCUUAUGUGAGUGUAGAUGCAGAGAUGUCUGCGUUACGCUGCUUUGGAGGAGCAACGCGUCCGACUGGAUACGGGAUGUGGCGUGGGCCCAUGUUGUCUGCUGCCUUCCACCAACAAAUAUCUUGGUCUAAAUACAAAGACUUGCAGGACUGAAAGAUUUCUUUCUGUAGAUUUGUCUGAUUUUGUUCCUAAACCAUGCAGCAUUUGCAGCAGCCCAUGGAAGGAGGGUGUCUCCUCAUGCUUACCCCUCAUCUUCCACUCUCUCCCCACUGCCCUGAGCUGUGCAGGUCUCUGCCCUGUGCCCCUGUUUUUCUCUUUUCUAUGCCAAAGAGCCUCAAUCCAUCACACACUCCACAUGCAGAACCUUGGGUCAUCCUGUUGCCCUUGUCUGCACAUUUUCCUGUUUUGCUGUACUCUUGGAAGGGGAGGACCAGGACCACACAAGGGGAGGUGGGUCUGACCCAGAGAACAGUGAUGCCUCUGACGCAUUCUCUACCUUUUCCUAACCCUUCCCAAAUCAGUUUUGCUGAGAAGUUUUGCAGUUUUGGCCUCCACUGAGUGCUGAGGGGACGUUUUCACAGCUGUCAGAGCUCCUGGCCUCAGAGCACAUCACUUUAGACACUGAGGUCAGGCUUGGUUUCCCUACGUGUGUCACUUCGCUGACACUGGCUUUCAUCUUGCUUUCUUGCCAAGCUGCUCAGGCUCUCAAAAGUCCUCCUGCCAUUCUUAGCACUCAUCUGCAGUACCCAGAAUAAUUCAGUAUUAUUAGCAGAUUGUGUCACUUCUCCACUGAUCUAUCGUCAAAGGAUCAGCUCGUGGAAAUGCAGGUGACCUCUCAGCUGGAUCUCUCUCAGGCGCCUGCUGCUUUUUCCAUGAAAGCCACUAGCUUUGGAAGAAAGAAACCUCCUUUAAAAGAGCUGUGCUGACUCUUCCCCAGUAUGUCAUAUUUACCCAUCUGUCCCCUAACGAUGCCAGUUUCCUGCUCCUUAUGCCAGUUUUUGUUCAUUUGCAGAGAACAGAUGUGUCACUUAUCAGUCUGUGGCUCCCUGGCUGCCUCCUUGGAAGCACUUUUGGUGUCGCAGUUUCCCCCUCCCAGUCCUCAUGUCCCCUGCUGUACCCAGAGCUCAGGGGAAGCUCUGCAUGGCUGGCAAAUAUACGGUCAUCUCUGCUUGUGUAGGGUGGCUCCAAGGACAGAAGGAGCUGGAGGUAAUACAGAUAUUUGUGAGCUUUUAUUCAAAGCUGUGGAAGAACCUACUGAAGGUUCACAGGACCGCAUGCACCCCUGAAAUCCAGGGAGGUGCUGGUCUCAGUGCCUGACUCAAGUGAUGAUGGUGGCAAGUGUCAAAUGCUAAAUCAAGGCCCCACAUCCCCUGCGGCUGAAUCUUCUUCUUAUGCCUCCUUCAGAGCACGCAGGGGCAGAGAUGUUCCCCUCUGAGUCAUCAAAAACCCACAGUCAUGAAUUGGGCACCAAACCCAGGCCUCUGCUGCCUGUGGAACCUGCAGGAUAUUGGGCUUCAGCCACUUAAACUGGAAGGGCACCAAGAGAACCAUGGGGACUGUGCAGCCUGGGCCCUUCCAGACCCCAGACAAGGUCCCAUGUCCUCUUUUUGGCCUGGUAAGCAAAACAGGGCUCCCAUCCCCAGUUGCAGAUGAGCCUAAGGAGCGCUCAGACCAGCUGAAGCAGCUCCUCCCAUCAGCCAGGAGGGCGGAUGAGGGCUGAGGGCAUGCACAGGGCUGGCGGGGGCCCAGAAGGCUUUACCUGGCUUUCUCUUCCUGGUGCAUGUUCCAACCUGCUUGGGAAGCAUUUACACAGGAAAUGGUGAGAGAAAGGGCUGUGCUGCGAGCCCCGGCCCAAAGGCAACUGGGAAGAGCUCCUGGAUCCUCUUGAGAUAGAGGCAGACGGCAAGAGAUGAAGGGUGGGAACAGAGUUCCUACCAAGGCCUCUAUAAGAUGACCUCCCAUCUCACCUCUUUUAGUACCCCGUGAGCCAAACAUCACUUCUGCACGGCCAUGGAGUGCUCACCUUCCGGCCAAAGGCUGCAAAUGAUGGCUCCACUGCCAUCUUCCCUGGAGCCCAGGGCAGCAUCCUGCCAGGGGCUGCUUGCCGUGGCUGCAUGAGGGAGCAGACAAAAUGUUGAGUCUGGCACACACGCGUGCUCCUGGUCCUCUCCCAUCUGUCAGCUCUGUGCCCCUUGCCAAGUCCUGCACAAGCAACGCUACGUGACAGCCAUCUGUCACAGGGCCUGGCCACGUGGCCUCACAGAUGGAGUGGCAUUGAGGCCACGUAUGUGGCACCCUGGCCGAUUGCUGUGGUGCAGGCAUCAACCCUGGGUCCCAGUGUGCAUCAGAGACGAUGGAUAUAAACACUUUGGGCACUGGAGCAACACUAGAUACAGCGAGAGACGCAGAUGGAGCUCAGCUUUGGCAGCGCGAAUGCAGAAAUCUGUAGCUGCUUCUUAGAGCCUGAAACACACCGCCAAGAAUGGAGAGAUGUUGCCUGUGUCUUGUCAAGACUGCAGAAAAAAUACGAGUGUGCUGAGCCAUGUGGGGUGCAGAGCUCAGAGCGCCCUUCAGAUCUCUCCCAGCACAGAGGCGUCUCCCGAGGGGCUCCCACACAGCUCUGCCCUCCUCAUCCUGCACACCGUGCCGCUGUUGAGCUGCUCUGGGCUCAUCCCUUAAGAAGGGGAAGCCAACACUGCUCAAAGCUGAAGGCUCAGCUGGCUGUCCUGGAGGACUACGCAGACCCCUUCGAUGCUGCGCAGGUGGCUGGUAGCCAGGCAGGGGUGGAGAAAGUGGCAGAAAAUGAUGGGUAUAUGGAACCGUACGAAGCCCAGAAGAUGAUGGCUGAGAUCCGCCAGAAAGGCUUACGGGAGGCUCCAUCCCGGCCGCUUCACCUCUAUGACACUCCCUAUGAGCCUGUCUCUGGAGGGCUGGAUGUGGACACUGACUGCCCUGCCUGCCCGAGGCCUAGGGAAUCUCGGUUGCCCGAGGAUGAUGAGCGGCCUCCAGAGGAGUAUGACCAGCCCUGGGAGUGGAAGAAGGAGAGGAUCUCCAAAGCCUUUGCAGUUGAAAUCAAGGUCAUUAAAGACCUGCCGUGGCCGCCACCGGUGGGACAGCUCAACAGCGGUGAAACCCCCCCGGAUGGCGAGGCCAGUGCCUCUGUCCCCCCGCAGCAUGGCCCGCAGAGCUACGAAGACGCCAACGGGCCAUCAGAGGGGCUGGGCUAUGGCCGCACCUCGCCCUGCAGGGAGGAGAAGGCCAGGACUGCCCUCAGACAUGGUACCAGCAGCCUCAAGAGCACCAAGACACUGAGCGUGGAGCCUGGUCCCUUCCUUGGGGAGAGGAUUGACCCUGCGCUGCCCUUGGAGAGCCAGUGCUGGUACCAUGGGGCCAUCAGCCGGACAGACGCAGAGACGCUGCUGAGGCUCUGCAAGGAGGCCAGCUACUUGGUGCGCAACAGCGAGACCAGCAAGAACGACUUCUCCCUCUCCUUGAAGAGCAGCCAGGGCUUCAUGCACAUGAAACUAUCCCGGACCCAGGAGAACAAGUACGUGCUGGGUCAGCACAGCCCGCCCUUUGACAGCGUGCCAGAGAUCAUUCAUCACUACGCCAGCCGCAAGCUGCCCAUCAAGGGGGCUGAGCACAUGUCCUUGCUUUAUCCGGUGGCUAUCCGCACCCUAUAGCUGUCACCACGUACGAGCCAAGGUUGAGGCUGUGUGGACCUGAAGGUGGCCCGUCUGCAGGGCCGAACGCUGCUGUAGUGGACGGGCACCGGAGCAGCGAGCUGGGCACGGACAGUGCUGUUGGGGACUUUGGCAGCUAGACCCCUUGUCAUGCUCUCUCCUGGGAUUCCUGUGUGCCAGUGUGCCUGCUGGGAUGGCGACAGGGAGAAGGAGCUGAGCAGGAGCAGCCAUUUGCUGCCCUCACCCCCUUGGGAAGCAAGGACUGGAACUGGGGCCCCAGAGAGGACAUGGGGGGAGCAAGGUUCAGGAAACGGGGGAGGAAGCAUCCCUGGAUGUCUCCCGAGGGCACCUGGCUCUGCCCACGUCCUGUGUGACAGAGAGGACACCCCUGGGCCUGGUGGCGAGGAGGCCGGUACUGUCACAGUGAGGUACAGAGGGGUAGGCUGCUGGGGCUCCCACCCGUGUGGGUGCUUGGUGCUCCUCGCCUUCAUUUGCCAAAUGUACAUAGUAACCAGUCAGAGCCGCACAUGCAGCACCACUGCCUAAUAAAGCAAUGGAUGCACGGUCACCUGCUCUGCAGGGACUCUGUGCCCUCACCCCCAAAAGCUGGGUGGGGGGCUGGCACGGCAAAACCCUGCUAAACAGCAGGGAGGGGAUUUUAUUAAGCAAAUUUUUUUCUUUUUCACUCUCACAUACAGAGACCUGAGUGGUUCAGCGCAGUCAUCAGUGACAUGGGACAAAAGACAGCUUUCAUGUCCUGAGUGUGUCUUUGAGAUCCUUUGUGGGCAGCAGUAACAGAGUUUGCCUGUUAUGCCUGGCUGAGGGGGAUGCUCUUGAGCCUCCUUGCCUUGUUUUGCUUCACCUCUUGUAAACCUUAGGCAAAAUCCCUGAAUUUCGCAGGUUUGUCCUCUUCCCCUGGAUGUGUAGUGGCUCUAGCCCUGUUCUUUGUCUUCUGGACACCUUGUCUCUGGGGCAGAUUGUUUCUCCUCUUCCUAUGUCUGAAGUUACAUGCUCCCAGGACAAAGCUGAUACUGCUGCUUUGCAGGGACAGUGGAGAUGGUCCGUGGACCAUGAGGACUUUGUUCAGGCUCUUGAGAUUUUCUACACUCAGUCCAUUGCUGAGGAAUUGCUGUCUCAGUGGCCCAUCAUGGCAUCGGGCUGCUGUGGGGGCCGUUGUGCACAGGCUGCGUGCUGCAUGAAGCCUGCAGAAGCCGUGGUACUUUGUUCCCCGAUCUUCACCCUCCACCACUCCUUAAAAGGCUGCAGUUUGAGCUCGUCUCGGGCACUCCGUGUCUCCUUACAGCAGUGUUUGGCUGCUGGCAGCCCUGGCUGCCUCUCCGCAGCCCAGGGAGGCACCUUGUCCAGUGGGGAUGGAGCAACUCUGGCUGGAGGGCUUUUCUCCCGGUACUGUUUCUGCGAGUACCAGAGCAUGCAAAAAGGGUUGGAAGUGUUGGAAUGCAUCUGCAGAGAUGCUCUUAGAUGCCCUUUCUGCAUUGAAAAGGCUUUAACAGGCUCUUGCUUUGUCUUGCUACUGCCUUCCUAGUGACUGGCAAGGAAAGCAGAGGCCACUUGAAUCCUUGCAGCCAGGGAAGAAAAGCACAGGAGAGCCUCACCACAUGUUCUGGGUUUUUCUCCUUUGAGAAAUGGUGGGCAAAGAGCAAAGUGGCUGGCAGCUGCUUGUACCAGUGAGCUUGUGUCCGGACAGUGAAAUCCCACCUAUGCAGCCUGGCUGCAUAUUAGGUGUCCCUGCCAAACAGAGAGCAACUGGAUCUGGUUUAAAAAUAGGGACAAGUUGUGACUAGGCUGGUGUUCAAUGGACACUCGUUGGCAUGUAGCUCCUGGCACUCCCCUCAUUUGCUCAUUUGGGGAUUUUUGGCUCUUGCUUCAAAAGCCGGAUUGUGUUGGGGGAUAUUGCCUGCAUUGUUUGGCCUGUUGGGCUGGAAGGAGAUGCUUAGGAUGGAAUGAUGCUCAGCUUCCCUAAGCCAGCCCAGUCAGGGGUUGGACCUGAGCUUCUCAAAUCAAGCAGAUCCAUGCAGGUCCUGCUCAUCUGGGGUCAUGUUUAGGAAUUCCUGCAGAAAGUAUACUGCUCUGAGUAUGACUCUGGGUCUGGAGUACUGUUGCAUCCUCUCCUUGUGAUCCUCAAGGGCUUCCAAGAAAAUGUAGAUGGAUUGAAUCUCUCUUCGAACGGUACUUUGCUGCUGUGUUUGCUCUCCUGGGAGUGAAAUGAGUGUUGCUGGGAAAUUAUAGAAGGGCAGACGUGUGACAGGGGAUCCCCAUUCAUGAGUGAGCUCAGCUCCAGGAUGGACAAAGACUCAAGCAGCCCGAUGUGGCUUUGAGAUUAACCCCACUGAGGGCAUGAAGGUGGUCAUGAGACCUUUCUUUGUAGCAAUUCCCAGCCCACUUGUUGUCCCAGCAAUCCCCCACAACCCCCAGCUGCCUCUGUUCUCUGUUCCUCCUCCCUGUCAGUGAAACAGCUCUGCCAUUCAUUGCCUGAUCUCUAGUUCCUUGCUAAGCCCUCCAUAAUUGCUAAACUGCUUUAGCAUGCUGCAGGCCGUGAUAAUGAAGGAAAGAAGUUUGUUUUGUAAUUGGAUUAGUGCUUCUGGGAGCGUGCUCUUGCACAGAGGUCAGGUUGGAGCUGCAUGGCCCUGGAGUCCACGCUGCUCUGCCUGGUUGUGGGCCAGCUUGGGUCUGUGCUCACUCCUGCGCAGGACUUUGCUGGCCAAAAGACACAGCGUUGCAGGAGGAAGGCAUCCCAGAGGGGUGAAGGGCUGAUUCAGGGCUGAAUUUGAGCCUGCCUUCCUUGGAAAUGGGGAUGUUUGCUGAAACUUGGUUAGCAUCUGCAGUGUCCCUUGCCUGCUAGGAAAGAAGUGCUUUGGUUAGGGUCAGGCCUGAUGUGGGCUUCAUCACCCUUCCCAGCAUGAGCCCUCAGGGCUCCUGAACACCAAUAGUUGAUCCUUGGGGGUUUGGGUAAAACUCAUGUAGGCAGUUGUCCAUCAUCGAUGCCCCCUCACUGCCCCUCUGGCCUGCAGAAGUCCUGUUAAACCUAAGCCUAGUGACGCCUGAGUUGCUUGGAUGUUUCUGAGAACAGUGCUCUGUGUCCUGUCUCCAGCCACAGCAAUCUCCAGUGCUGCAGGAGAAGGAUCAAACAAAACCUCAGCUGCCAAAGUUUAUAGCAAAGUGGAGAAAUUUGUUCCCAACCCCUGCAGGCUACCAGCAAAAUGUGCAGUGUAGCACAUGUGUUGUGCACACAUGGCACACACAUGGUGUGGCUGAAUACCUCCUUUCAAAUCUCGUGGAGACCAACGUGUUUGAUGCGAGGGGCAGCUUCAGCUCCUGACCCAGAGACCACCCUUGCUCAGUUCCUUUGGUGUAUUUCCCUAGCAUCAUCUCAAAGCAGUUACUUGCUCCUGGUGCCCUCUUUGAAAAGUGUCCCAAAACAUCUGUGCUCGUAUACUUCCACCUAAUUUUCAAUCUACACUUGUGAUGAGUUCUUUCCUUUGCACUGUUUUGGAGGGCUGUCUCUAAAGCAGCAUGCUUGGGCAGAUCUUUUGGGUGAGAUCUUCCCAGUGCCUUGCUACUGAUGCAGCUCUGUCCCUCUUGAAAACUCAGCCUCGCUCUCAUCCCUGAACCGUUUGCUGUUGGUAUUCAUGGGGUCACUCCAAUACUAGGGGUGGAGAAAAAGUCCUAGAAAUACCUCUUAGCUCAGAGACACCCUUGUUAAUACAAACCAUCGUUUACUUGACUAGCUGGUUCCUCCACUGUAACCAUACCCACCACUCCCACCAUUGGAAACUGGUUCCUGUUUCUCCAACCAGCCUAAAUGUGCUGCAUAAUCUUGUCUGAGAAGUUACUUACGAGAGAAAAUCAUUAAAUUAAACUGACGGAAUGUA